GAGAGAGAUUUGUGUUUAGAAUUGGAUUCGGACGCAAGAGUCGGAAGCGGAGAGAGUCCAUUUCGUUUCCGGCGCCACCCAUCGAAAUCAAUUCUCUUCUUCUCAUUUUCUUUCUCAAAGGACGGAUUUUGAGACCAUUAGAGAUGCAGAGGUCUCGAGAUCAGCGUUCAAGAUCUACUAAACCCACCACCAUUCAUGCCUACGCCCACUCCGGUGAUCUUAGUGGAUUUCAGAAGCUUCUUCGGGAGAAUCCUUCGCUUCUCAACGAGAGAAAUGCUGUUAUGGCACAAACUCCCCUACAUGUUGCUGCUGGUAACAAUAGGACCGACAUAGUUAAGUUUCUUCUUGAGUUAACAGGGCCACAUGAAGUUGAAUUGGAAGCCAAGAAUAUGUAUGGAGAAACUCCUCUGCACAUGGCUGCAAAGAAUGGGUGCAAUGAUGCUGCUCGAAUGCUUCUCGCUCAUGGUGCUUUUAUUGAGGCCAAAGCAAAUAAUGGCAUGACUCCAUUACACCUUGCAGUCUGGUACUCUCUACUCUAUGAAGAUUGCUCUACUGUCAAAACAUUGCUCGAGUCUAAUGCUGAUUGUAGUGCUGAGGACAAUGAGGGAAUAACUCCUAUAAAUCAUCUCUCCAAAGGGUCUGCUAAUAAUAAAUUGAGGGAAUUAUUAUACUCGUACCUUGAAGAGCAAAGAAAGAGAAAAGCUAUUGAAGCAUGCAGUGAAACUAAGGUUAAGAUGGAUGAGCUAGAAAAUGAACUGUCAAAUAUAGUUGGCUUGAAUGAUCUCAAAACACAAUUACGAAAAUGGGCAAAAGGAAUGCUUUUGGAUGAGAGGCGUAGGGCCCUCGGUCUGAAAGUUGGCACCCGAAGGCCUCCUCAUAUGGCCUUUCUGGGUAACCCUGGAACAGGUAAGACCAUGGUAGCUCGCAUUCUUGGAAGAUUACUCCAUAUGGUAGGAAUUCUACCCACUGACAAAGUAACAGAAGUACAGCGAACAGAUUUAGUAGGGGAAUUUGUAGGUCAUACUGGACCGAAGACUAGAAAGAGGAUAAAAGAUGCAGAGGGAGGUAUUCUAUUUGUGGACGAGGCUUACCGUCUAAUACCCAUGCAGAAGGCGGAUGAUAAGGACUACGGGUUAGAGGCAUUAGAGGAAAUCAUGUCUGUCAUGGACAGUGGAAAGAUAGUGGUCAUAUUUGCUGGGUAUAGUGAACCGAUGAAACGUGUAAUUGCUUCAAACGAAGGUUUCUGCAGACGGGUGACCAAGUUUUUCCAAUUUAAUGACUUCACUUCAGAUGAAUUGGCCACUAUUCUUCAAAUUAAGAUGAAUAAUCAAACAGAGGAUAGCAUAUUAUAUGGUUUUAAGUUGCACUCUUUCUGCAGUGUAGAAGCUAUAUCAGAAUUGAUACAGAGAGAAACAACAGUGAAGCAGCGUCAGGGGAUGAAUGGAGGGAUAAUAGAUCCGAUGCUUGUAAAUGCGAGAGAGAACUUAGAUCUCAGGCUCAACUUUGACUGCAUAGACACCGAAGAACUACGAACAAUUACCUUAGAGGAUUUAGAAGCCGGAAUCCAGCUUUUGACACAAUGAAAUGGAUAUUUCAUCAUAAGUUCAGUCUUGGGGAAAAAUAUUAAUUCUUUUGGCAGCCAAGCCAAUUAGAGAGAAUGAUUCAUAUUAUAUUGAAUAGUUCAGGGUAUUCUUGAAAUUGGCCUCUCCUCAUCAGAAUCAGUCUUUACUGCUGGAGAUUCUGAGGCUGGGAUGCUGCAGCUGUGGGGAUUGAUUAAUAUAUAUAUAUACAUAGUUUUCUUUUGUCUUUAUUAUCAUAUCGUUGUCAUUGGUUAAUGAUUAUUUCUCACCCCAUUAGAUGCUUCGUCAUUGGUUAAAGUAUAUUCUUUUCAUUAUUUCAACUGCAUGCUUUUUUAGCAUCAAUAAAGGCGUUUUUAUAUGUAAAAUAAUUGUGUCGAACUUUUGGGUCUUAGAACUGAAUAAUAUUACGUGGUUUAACUCGCUUACCUAA